UAUAACCAAUAACCAAUAAAUUUACCGGUAAAAAAAAUUAACACUUCUAUUCGAUAAAUAAAAUUACCCAAAACGGUUAAAAAUACCGUUUACCAAACACACUGCGUGUAGUGGCAUAGGCAAUUAUUGGAAAUUAUAUUUAUGCAAGUUUCAACUUUAUUUCAACACGUAAGAUUCAUUUUCGCCUUGCAGAUGUCUUCAACUUAUCAUGUAAAAAAUAUUGAAUUUUAUGAUUUCAUUGUAUGCUCUAUACCCCUCAAAAUAAAGCACAAUAUUUAAGUUGGUGUAUUUUACAGUUAAUGAUAAUUUUUUUCGUUAAAAAAUUGAAAUGAAACGAUAUUUUUACCGAACGCGAAGAUGACGUGAUUGGUUGAUUUUUUAAACGUAAUAUUUUGUUUGGUACUUGACAUUUUGGUGGCUCAGUGCAUCUUUUCUAUUAUUUUGGUAAAGUUGUGUUUUUGUAUUUUAAGAGAUUUGUACUUUGUGUUUGUGUGUUUUGACUUUGUUUUUGUGUGUUUGAGACUUUGCUUACUUUGUUGUUGUGGAUUUUUAAAUUGUAUAUCUAAUUUAAAAUGCCGAAACGCAAUGCAGAAAUAUGGGAUCAUUUCGAAAAGUGCUAGUACCAUUCAAGUUUAACAUUAGCAAAAUUAAUUUUUCAACGAAAAGAUUUACCGGUAUUUUCAACCAAUAAAAAUAUCGGUAAUUUUUUUUAUCAAUUACCAGUUAACAGAUAAAUAAAUUCAACCGUUAACGCCAUCUCUAGUUCAAACCAACAAAGUUUUAAACAAAUAGUAAGCAAAAAAAUCUGUGAGAAAAAAAAUUACAUUAUUUUACCAUAAACUUAUUAUUUCAAUAAAGGUAGUAGAAAUAAAAUCCCGUGCUAUUCAGAAGAAAAAAAAAAUUAAUGACAAUUGAGGUAUGUCAUAAAGUAACAAUUUGUUUAGUACAGAAAGCAAGACAAAAAUACAGAAAAUUUUAAUAAAAGAAAAAGAUAAAAGAAAAAAAAACUAUGAUUGUAAUGUAGUGAAACAUGAAUGCGAUUAUAUACUCUUUAAAUUUAUAAUGAAUUGGUAAAAAAAGCUCUUUAGAACCUAAAAAACACCAGAACUCAAAUUCGAGUCGUGAAAGCUAGAAUAAUAUCAUUCAGUGACAAUCUAAAGUUGCACUAGAAUUCUGUGGGUAUAUAUAAUUUAGAAGAAUAUGGAGUCAACCGAAGAGUUGCAGUUCAGUGAUGAUGAAGAAGAAGUAACAGCUGAGACUGUUUUAAAAACACUACAAAGUGCUUGGCAAAAUGAAAGAUUGUCCCCAGAAAUACUCCCUCAUCAAAAUGACAUGGUAGAAUGUAUGUUAGGUCAAAUACAACACAUGGAAAGAAACAUAAAUAAACUUUCAAAAACUGAUUUGAGAACUUCUAUACACAAAAUGGAGAUUAGCAGAAUUAAAUUUAUUAUUUGUAAUUAUCUUAAAACUAGACUGAAUAAGAUUGAAAAAUAUUGCAUUCCAAUACUAAACCAAGAAAGACAAAGAAUAGAAACUGAUACUAAUUACCUAACACCAUCAGAAUAUAAAUAUGCUCAAGAAUAUGUUUUGAACAUGGAAAAUCAUAUGAAAAAUGUGGUAUUAAAUAAAAUGCCUGGUAAUAUGCAAGUCUUUGAAAUGAACAAAAUGGCAGAACAUCCUAAUUUACAAACGCAUGUAUUCCUUAAAGCCAAUGAAACCAUUAAUGGGGUUGUAUUAGAAGACUUGACUGGUGAAGAUGAAGAAAUUGACUUAGAAGUUAAUGGCUGCCCCAACUCUUAAACCAAAACGCAUUACUGCUUCAUGGCAGAAAUAGGCAGGGUGGUGGUACACAUCAUGCAGGCUCACAAGACACCGUACCACUAGUGAAAGUGUAAGUAAGAUGUUAAAUGAUAAAGCUGUAAUGUAAAAAUGCUUGUAAUUACCUUAACAUUUCAAUUUAAAGUCUAAAUUUUAUUGUAGGUAUGUAGCCCAACCAUAUACUUACACCAGUAAAGUCAAAUUUAUUAAUUUCGUAGGUUUGUAAUUGCAGUAAUGCUAUCUAUAUAAAUACUAAGUUUAUGCAUUUCCUCAGAAAACUAGGGAAUGUCAUAGAAUUUUAAAUCUGAAAUAGCAGUAGCUAUCAUAGGACAAAAAUUGAGCAAAAACUGAAACCAUGCAAAAAAAAAUACAAGAAAAAUCUAAGAUAUAUAAAAGUUUCAAACAACAUUUGGACUACUGGCUUCACAAGAAAUAAUUACUGCUCUGUGGAAGAUUACCUGUUCAUGAUUUUCACUAUACUAAAUGUUAACUUGUUAAUAACAGCCACAAGUUUUACUGUAUUGUUUACAAUUAAAUUUUUUUAUUUAAGUAAAAAUCUUGCUAAAAGUGUGGGCUCAGACUAAGAAUAAAUAAAAUGCAGUAUAAUGUCUUUAAUACUACUUAUUUCUUUCAGAGGGCUCGCAGCACAUCUUGCAAUACAAACCAAUUGCAGAUCUUUUAAAGAACGGGAAAGUCACAUUGUUAUGAUAGUAAAUUUUCUGUAAACACUUUGUAUUUCAUUUAUUUUUAAAACAUUUGUAGCUAGUUUAAUAAAUUAAACAAAAUUAAUUUUUA